GGACAGAAAAACCUUUAUUUUCUUCCAAUCCUGAGCUGGAUAAUUUGAUGAUCCAGGCUAUUCAAGUUCUGAGAUUCCACCUCCUGGAAUUAGAAAAGGUGCACGACCUCUGUGACAAUUUCUGCCACCGCUACAUCACCUGUCUUAAAGGGAAGAUGCCCAUUGACUUGGUAAUUGACGACCGAGAUGGAGGCUCCAAAUCAGAUCUGGAAGACUUCGGGGGUGCUUGUCUCUCCGACCAGAACAACUCCUGGAUCCGAGACCACGAGGAGACCGGAUCAACACCCUCAGGGACGCCGGGGCCCUCCAGCGGUGGGAUUGCCUCCCAAAGUGGCGACAACUGCAGUGAGCAAGGAGAUUGCCUGGAUAACAGCGUGGCCUCCCCCAGCACUGGAGAAGAUGACGACCUUGACCGGGACAAGAAAAGAAACAAGAAACGUGGCAUUUUCCCCAAAGUGGCCACCAACAUUAUGCGUGCCUGGCUUUUCCAACACUUGUCGCACCCUUAUCCCUCAGAAGAACAGAAGAAACAGUUAGCCCAGGAUACGGGACUGACUAUCUUGCAGGUCAAUAACUGGUUUAUUAAUGCCCGAAGGCGCAUAGUUCAACCUAUGAUUGACCAAUCAAACCGCACAGCAGGACAAGGUACACCGUAUAGUCCUGACGGGCAGCAAAUGGGAGGUUACGUUAUGGAUGGGCAGCAACGCAUGACGAUUCACCCCCCAGGACCAAUGGGAAUGGCUAUGGGCAUGGAGGGCCAGUGGCACUAUAUGUGAAGGCCUGAGCUCUCUGCUGAUGUCAGAGGGGAAGUGAGUGUCAUGACUCCAGUUCUAGGCUUGGGGAGCUGGACAAGACACUUCCUGGUUUACAGGCACAUGAUUCAUCGUGCAUCAGGAUCUGGCGCGCCCUUUCUCUCGACUUCCCCUGCACUUGACGCGAACGUGCCACCGACCCAUCCUUCUUCCCCUAAAGCCACGGCACGGGGCUGCGGUCUGCACUGCCACACCCCCUCCUCCAGGAUGGAAUAAGCAUGGACAAAGCCCCCCAUGCCUUUCCCUCCAGGGCUCCCUCUCUCUUUUACUCCUUUCCCCAAGGGGGGACUCUCCCGUCUACACAUCGCUCCGACUUCAAGGAUUCUGAAACGGCGUUUUGCCCGCCGAGGCUUAGGCUCCAGACAGUGGAACGCAAUUAACGAGCCGCCUUCGACGGCAGCAGAUUCCUCGUCCCAACCUCAGAAGAACGGGCAGACGAACAACACUGGUCACCUUUGGAAGAGAGAUGCAGGGUGGGGGAGAAGCAAAGGGGUUAAUUUUUAAGUUGUCGGUGUCUCGCUUUUUUUUUCCCUCUCCACACACAGAAAAUAUAUGUGAGUUUGUACGCCCCCCUCUUCCCCCCACCUAGGAGACUGCAGUUGGGUACGUCCACGGCCGGCCCUGCACGAACUUCUUUUGCAAACAAGACAAGAAUUCCCAGAGGGGUUUUUUUUUGGUUUCUGUUAUUUUUUUUUCCUUCCCUUUCUCCCUUCCUUCUGGAUGAUUUAAUUAUUAAUUAAUUAUUGAUGUGGAUGCUCAGAUAGGGGAAGUAAAUUAAAUGGGACACUUCUUUUUCUUUGUUUUGAAGGGUGGAAGGGCUUCCUUGCUUUGAUGUGCUUUUUCUGUUUUCUCUUCUCUCUUUCUCUCUCUCUCUCUCUGUCUCUUUGGUUAAAAGAAUAAGAAUAAUUCGGGGAAAAAGAGAACCAAAAUGA